CGUUGCAACUCGCGGACUGAGCGCGUCAGUCACACACGUGACAGGAACUAUAAAAUUAAUUAUUUUUGAAUUAAAAUAAUUUAUUUUAGCAGAAUAAUUUGUGCAGUUGUCAUUUAGUGAUUAGUAGUGAUUUUUUAAUUACGUUAAUUGUUAUAUUUGUGUUAUAAACACCGAUUUCACGAAUCUUAAUAACCAAAUGACGUAGCCCAAAAAUGAAGGACCUCGCACUAAUGAUACCCAAAUUGCCCACUCGUAAUGUCCUCACCGGAGCUGUGGUCAACUGGGAUGAUGACGAGAUGGCUGGUCUCGGUGACACGCCGGAGAACCUCACUCUGGCUUGGAAAGACCUCUCUGUAUAUAGGAAGAGGAAGACACAGACCAGCAUCUGGCGGUCUGCAACGUAUGAGGAAGUUAAAGUGUUGCAUGGAGUGAGCGGCGUCGUAUCUUCUGGCAACUUAGUAGCUUUAAUGGGAUCAAGUGGAGCCGGUAAGACCACGCUUCUCGCAGCUAUAAGUCGUCGAGACAAAAGUGCUACCACGGGAUACCUCAUGCUGAACGGCCGCCUGGCUGGUGCUGAUCUGAUCGCCAGGAUAUCUGGCUUUGUUCCGCAAGAGGAUUUGUCCAUUGAAGACUUGACCGUUGCAGAACACAUGGAGUUUAUGGCUCGCCUCAUGAUGGAUAAACGAUCGACCACCAGCACCAGAUCUCGCCGAGUGCAGCAACUUCUUGGAGAACUGGGAAUUUCCACUUGCACGAGCACAAAGCUGAAGGCUUUGUCCGGUGGUGAGAGGAAGAGAGUCGCUUUGGCUGUCCAAUUGCUCAAUGACCCUCCAAUUCUUUUCUGUGACGAGCCAACCACGGGUCUCGAUAGUUCGGCCGCUAACUCUGUGGUGUCACGGCUGCGGCGUCUCGCAAUAGGUGGUAAGCUGGUGAUAUGUUCCGUACAUCAACCAGCUUCUGGAGUAUUCGAGCUUUUCCACCAGGUGGUGCUCUUGGCGAAUGGAAGAAUUGCAUUCCAUGGAACUAUAGAACAGGCAGACCAGUUCUUCGCUUCACUCAACUACAAAUGCCCCGUAGGCUUCAAUGCAGCGGAGUAUUACGUCUCUCUCUUGGGUGUUCAGACAGACAAAGAGCUGGAGAGUCAGGAGAGAAUCCGGCGCAUUUGCAACGAGUACCAGCGUUCUGAUAUAGCAGUCGCUAUUGAGAACCGCGUGGGAGAUGUCAAGGACGAGUUAGAAUAUUUUAAUGGCACUGUAGAUGAGAAGAAUUUAUACUUCGAGAGAUACUUAACUCUAGUCAAAGUGAACUACUUCGUCCAAUUCUAUUGGCUAUUAUGGAGAAAUAUAUUAUCUGUGAAGCACAACAAAUCUAUAUGGAUAGCUGAAUUUUGUCUCCUAAUGUUUGUUGGGCUCAUAAUAUCAAUACCAUACAUGGGCCACUUCGAGGAGUUGGAUCAGAGAGACAUCCAGAAUGCCGAGGGUCUCCUCUACCUCACCAUAACAGAGACAAUAUUCCUCUUCAUUUAUGCGGUCUUCAUCACAUUUCCACAAGAGGUGCCCAUACUAUUGCGGGAAACAGCUAGUGGAUUGUAUUCUCCGCUACCGUAUUAUUUGUCGAAGAUGAUAUUCUGGAUACCACGCGCAGUCAUAGAACCAAUAUGCUUCGUGACGUUGGUAUUUCUCGUUGCUGGUCUUCAAGGUGGUAUAGCGAACUGGAUUGGCUUCUGUUUUGUUUGCAUCCUCUGCGCGAACUACGCAAACGCUUAUGGCUCCUUCCUAUCCGCAACCUUCGAUAAAUUAGAGACCGCUGCACUCUUCUCUGUUCCAUUUGACCUGGUUGGCAUCAUGUUUUCUGGCAUCUACCUCAACCUGAAUAGUGUCAGCAAGUACCUCUCAUGGGUACACUACAUCUCUUCUUUCUACUAUGGCACCGAGAGCGUAUCAAUUCUACAAUGGGACUCUAUAACUGAAAUCAAGUGCGUUAACGCUCCAGGCAUCCCCUGCAUCAAGACUGGUACAGAAGUGCUAAGAAGAUACGGCUUCGCGGAAGAGCAUUUUUGGAGAAAUUGUAUAGGAUUGGCUACAAUGUACCUGAUGUAUCAUUUUAUUGCAUUUACAAUGGUUAUAAGAAGGAGUAGGGGUACCCCCGUAUAUUAAUCUUUGGAGUUACAAGGAGAUAUGCUGAGAGGCGAAUCUCAUUUUUAUAGUUAUCAAUUCUGUUCUAAUUUUAAAACGCCAAAACUUUUAACCCAAAAUAAUCUUAGUAGCUAUGUGUAUAAUAGACAAUUUUUUAUACUUAACCUUUCCUAUCUCCAUGGAACGUUGAGGUACUUGCAUUUUUCUUGGGAUUUCACAAGUCUUAUAUAUUACAUAUCUAUUAAAGACAAUAAAGAGAAAAGGAGAACACGACAAUGAAUGAAUUAAAGUUGUUGCAUUUUUUCAUUUUUCUUUUUUGUUAGCUAUUGUUUAUUUUAUCAUGCUAAUAUACCUCAAAGUUAAUAUACCCAAAACUUAGUGAUAAAAUUGUUCAAAGUACUCAUACCAAUUUUAUAUAAACAUUUUAACUAUAGUUGAACGAACUCAUUUCAUAGCUACAUGUCGAAAUGUCAUUAAGUUUUUGUUAAGCUUCGAUGCGCAGUAAUUGAAUAAUUUACUAAAUUGCACCUAAAUCUAUUUGUUAAAGUGACUAUGCAUUAAUGGGUAAUGGUCAUGAUAAUAUUGUAAUAACAUCAGUGAUCAUGCGUCCUCCAAAUAAUGAAAUAGGAAUAGAACGCCGUGAUUGUACAAAAUUACUAAGUUGUGUUAAAACUAAAGGAAUAUGAAUAUUUUAUCUGUAUCGUAUUCGGCGUUAUUCUGUGUUGAUUGUUUCACUAUGUAACUCAAUCAAUGUCAACGAUUGUCUGAUGUCUUUGAAUUGCAAAGUUAAGGGUAUUUCAAGCCAAAUUCGAUUUGAUCUUCGUUAUAUAUUUGUUGUUAAAUUUUAAUAAUUUUCACCAACCCAUCUUAUGGAAAGGAUGUUUGGUAAUUCUAUAAUGGUUAUAUAUAUUUCAAAUACAUACGCCAAUAUUAUGUUUGUUUAGCGUCAUAAUUUACUUACUAAUCAUGAAAUAUAAAUCAGCUCUAUUGUUCUGUUGUAACUAAAGUCCUCAGCUAUGUCUUUACAUCACAACAAAACACAAUUGGACAGCCAGGUUAAAAGAGUGCAAUAGACUAAUUUUUUAACUCCUAAUUAUAUGUCGACCGACGGGGAAAUUUUAUUCUUAAAAUUAUACAAACAUCGAUUCGUGUAUCACGUAUAUUAGAAGUAAUUAGUAAGGAAUUAUUAAGAAAAUUGCGCAAACUAUUUAAGUCCUGCGCGUUUGAUUAGGUAAUGGCGUCUCCAGAAAUAUUCAUUUUCAUACGAUUAGCUAACGAAUGUCUUAAGAAUAACAAUUGUACAAAACAUUUAUAUCUGUAUUACCUACAUCAAUUUACCCAAUUUUCGAUACUUUUAUAAAUAAAAUACUUUUUAAUA